AUGGCCCAGCAGGGCGAGGAGGCUCUGUCCAGGCCCGAGACCGCGGUGCAGAUCCGCGUUGCCGUCCUGGAGGCCGAGGACGUGGAGGAACCGGAGGAGGACGAGGGGGCGGAGACGCGGGGAGUGGGGGACCCGGCCCGGUAUCUUAGCCCCGGGUGGGGCAGCGCCAGCGAGGAGGAGGCGAGCCGCGGGCACAGCAGUGCCACCACGAGUGGGGGCGAGAAUGAGCAUGAGGACCUGGAUCCCGAGUGGAAGCCACCAGACAAGGAAUUAAUCAAGAGACUGGUGGAUCAGAUUGAAUUCUACUUUUCUGAUGAAAACCUAGAGAAGGAUGCCUUCUUGCUGAAACAUGUGCGCAGAAACAAGCUGGGAUACGUGAGCGUCAAGCUACUGACAUCCUUCAAAAAGGUGAAACACCUUACCCGGGACUGGAGAACCACAGCUUAUGCCUUGAAGUAUUCAGUGAUCCUUGAGCUGAAUGAGGAUCAGCGGAAGGUGAGGAGGACCACCCCUGUCCCACUCUUCCCCAAUGAGAACCUUCCCAGUAAGAUGCUUCUGGUCUAUGAUCUCUACCUGUCCCCUAAACUUUGGGCCCUGGCCACCCCCCAGAAGAAUGGAAGGGUGCAGGAGAAGGUGAUGGAACACCUACUCCAGCUCUUUGGGGCCUUUGGCAUUAUUUCUUCCGUGCGGAUCCUCAAACCUGGGAGAGAGCUUCCCCCUGACAUCCGGAGGAUCAGCAGCCGGUACAGCCAAGUGGGGACCCAAGAGUGCGCCAUUGUGGAGUUUGAGGAGGUGGAAGCGGCCAUCAAAGCCCAUGAGUACAUGAUCUCAGAAGCUCAGGGCAAAGAAAACAUGAAAGCUGUUCUGAUUGGUAUGAAGCCACCCAAAAAGAAACCACCCAAAGAUAAGAAUCAUGAUGAGGAACCCACUGUGAGCAUCCCCCUGAACAAGUCCUUGAACAAGAGAGUUGAGGAGCUUCAGUACAUGGGUGAUGAAUCUUCUGCCAACAGCUCCUCUGACCCCGAAAGCAACCCCACAUCCCCAAUGGCUGGCCGGCGACAUGCGUUCACCAACAAGCUUAGUCCUUCUGGCCACCAGAAUCUCUUUCUGAGCCCGAAUGCCUCCCCCUGCUCAAGUCCUUGGAGCAGCCCCUUGGCCCAACGCAAAGGUGUUUCCAGAAAAUCCCCACUCGCUGACGAAGGUAGACUGAACUCUAGUACCAGCCCUGAGAUCUUUCGCAAGUGCAUGGAUUAUUCCUCAGACAGCAGCAUCACUCCCUCUGGCAGCCCCUGGGUUCGGAGACGCCGUCAAGCUGAGAUGGGGACACAGGAGAAAAGUCCCGGGGCAAGUCCUUUGCUCUCUCGGAAGAUGCAGACUGCAGAUGGGUUGCCUGUGGGGGUACUGAGGCUGCCCAGAGGUCCUGAUGACACCAGAGGAUUUCACGGUGGACAUGAAAGGAGCAAGGCUUAUGUAUAA